AUGUGUCCCCUGUGGAGCCUUCUUCUCUGGGAAGCACUCCUGCCCAUGGCAACUACUGGCACCCAGGUGUUGAGCAAGGUUGGUAGCUCGGCGCUGCUGGCGGCCCAGCAUCCCCCUGGCUUCCAAGUCCGAGAGGCCAUCUGGAGAUGUCUCUGGCCUGCAGAGGAGCUCCUGGCCACAUUCUUCCGAGGUUCCCUGGAGACUCUGUACCACUCCCGCUUCCUGGGCCGAGCCCAGCUGCACAGCAACCUCAGCCUGGAGCUCGGGCCACUAGAAUCUGGAGACAGCGGCAACUUCUCUGUGCUGAUGGUGGCCAUGGGAGGUCGGACCUUAACCCAGACCUUACAGCUCAAGGUAUACGAUGUAGUGCCCAGGCCCGUGAUACAGGUGUUCACCGCGGUAGCAGAGGAAGCUCAAUUCCCCAAAACCUGCCAGGUCUUCCUGUCCUGCCUGGCCUCCAACAUCAGUGACAUAACCUACAGCUGGCGACGGGAUGGGACGGCGGACUCCGGUGUCGAAUCACACAGCCUGUUCUUGGACGGACAGGCGCUGAGCAUUUCCCUGGGACCAGGAGACAGGGAUGUGGCCUACUCCUGCAUUGUUUCCAACCCUGUCAGCUGGAACUUGGCCACAGUCACCCCCUGGGAGAGCUGCCAUCAUGAGGCAGCACCAGAGAACACCUCCUACAAAGACGUGCUAUUGGUGGUGGUGCCAGUCUCACUGCUCCUGAUCCUCGUUGGUCUCUUCUUUGCCUGGCAGUGUGGCCGCUGCUCAGGGAAAAAGAAAAAGGACGUCUGUGCUGAGGGAGCGACUCCAGAAGCAGAGAGCCCUCUUGUGUAGGAUCUGCCAUGGAGAAUGGUGAAAGCUGACACCUGGAUCACCAGGAACUCUGCUGCCCAUGCACAGGAUGCUCUAGGACAUGGCAGGUGCCUGGAAGCCACCAUGGACCUCAUACCUCCCUUGUCACUCCACCCUG